AUGGGACGCAGCGGCCGUGGAUACGGUCGAGGAGGAGGCCGCUCUCAUGGUCAGUUUGAGGAUCGCCAUGGUGGCCACGGCGGUCACGGCGGUCAUGGUCACGGUCACGGACAUGGCCACGGUGGUCGAGGUGGGCACCAUCACGGACGUCACGGCCAUGGAGGUCCGCCCCACCGGGAAUCCGACCAUGGAUGGGAUAACUUUGAGAGGGGUCGUGGUGGACGACAGGGGCGAGGUGGCGGUGGAUUCCGUGGAGGAAGGGACCGCGAUGACUAUGACAACAAUGGGCCCGGCCCCCACCGCCGUAACUUUAGACUGCCGCCCCAGCAGAGAGAAGCGCCGUCUGAGCAGGUCCGUCUCGAACGCCUUGCACGAGAGCGUGUCUCCCGAACUCUGUUCAUUCGAAAUGUUGCAUACGAGACCAACUCUGACGACUUCCGGAAACAAUUCGAGCAGUACGGCGAGGUGAAGGAAUGGUUCGACGCUAUACCUCGUCGAGGCAUGGUGUUUGUUACCUUCUUUGAUGUUCGUGCCGCCGAGGCUGCGCGACAGGGUGUAAUGGGCACGAAGCUGUUCGGUCGCCCCAUUGACGUGCACUUCUCGCUGCCGAAAGACCAUGACCAAGACGGCCCCUGUGACGAGUCUAAGAACAACGGGUCCUUGCUAGUGACUUUGACCCCACCCCGUCCCAUCGAUGAGCGCGAGCUAGGCAUGGCCGCCGAGCGCUACGGGGCGAUUAAGGCCAUCAAGCCGCGGGGUUACCCAGAGCAGCGCGUCGUUGAGUACUACGACUCGCGCGCUGCGCGUGACUUCCAUGAUCAGAUGAGCGGGCAGCCGUUCCAGGGCGGCACGCUGCGUGCCGAGUACGUUUGGGAUGAGGGCGAGGUCGUGAACCCCGAUCCCGUUACUGCAGAUGUCGAGGCGCAGCGCUUCCGUGGCCGUGACGCCCGUCCGGCGCCCCACGAGCGUGGCCGGUACGCUCACGGCGCGAAGCCGUAUGAUCGUCCAGAGCGCAUGGGUGGUGGCAACCGUCUCGAGGAGGCGCGCAAGGUGCAGGACCUGCUGACGAGUCUCGGCGGAGCGCCCGGUAUCUCAAACGCUCCCGGUACUUCGAACACUCCUCCGUCAGCACCUCCCGGCCCGCCGCCGCCAUCGGAUUACUGGGGACGCAAGCCUGAGGGCGACUACGGUCCUCCGCCAGGCUACGGCGGCUACCCUCCUGGUCCGCCACCUCCCGGUCCCAUUCCUCCCCCUCCCCCUGCCCACGGUCCGCCACCUCCUCAUCAUGGUCCUCCUCCGCCGCCUCCGCCGCACGCGCGUCCCCCUGGCUACCACGGCUGGCCGCCCGGCCCUCCUGGGCAACGUCCGCCGAUGCCGGCCGGCUAUCCUCCGCCCAGUCAGUCAUACUCUUCCUCGAGCUACCCGCCCCCGAGUCCGGGCAAGCCCGCACUUCCAGCGCAAGUGCUUGAGAUGCUGCAAGGUGGCGCGCCCAGCUCGAGCUACACCCCGCCCAGCGGCUAUCCGUCAUAUGACCCGCCGCCGUCGUAUCAGCCGCCUGCUCCGCCUGCACCUGCGCCGCCACGUCCGCCGCAGCAGCACUAUGACCCCAAGACGGGCGACGUGGGCAGUUUGCUUGCGAUGCUGAAUCGGGGCUAG